AUGGUGAUAUCAAAACACAGAGAGAAGUUUAACUUCAAUAAUGGAAUUGAAACUGGUUCGACGUGCGAGAGAGCGAGGCAAGGCCAGGUUUUCGGUCUGCAAACGCUGGUUUGCAUACCGUCUGCGAUUGGGGUUGUUGAAUUGGGGUCGACGGAACUUAUAACCCAAAGCUCAGAUCUCAUUAAAAAGGUUCGAGCUUUGUUUAACUUCAAUAAUGGAAUUGAAACUGGUUCCUGGUCUAUUAGUAAUACUACUGCCGAUCAAUGCGAAAAUGACCCGACUUCGCUUUGGAUUACUGAUCCCGAUCUCGGAACUGCACUCAAUCAAAGCAAUAACAGUAAUCCUAGCAAUCAGAAUCCCAGUUCUAGUAGUUUAACCUGUAAUCCGAGUUCUACUCAUGUUGGAAAUCAUCAGCAGGGCCCGAGUUUUUGCUUGAAUUUCUCCAAUAAUGGCUUUGAUGGGAAUUCCCCUUCCUCCUUGUUGAAACCAGAAUCUGGGGAGAUACUAAAUUUAUGUGAGAAAGAGGUCACCUACUUCGAAGGGAGUGAUGAAGAAGAGAUUGUUUCGUUUACUUCUGGUGUAAUUCUGCCUCCCUGUGACGUGGUGAAAUCAAGUGGUGGUGCAGGGGAUUCCGAUCUCGAAGCUUCGGUUGUUAAGGAAGCCGAUAGUAGAAGGGUUGUCGUGGAGCCUGAAAAGAGGCCUAGAAAACGAGGACGAAAACCGGCUAAUGGACGAGAGGAGCCUCUGAAUCAUGUCGAAGCAGAGAGACAACGACGAGAGAAGCUUAACCAGAGAUUUUAUGCCCUGCGUGCGGUGGUUCCAAUGUAUUGA